AUGCCGGGAUACUCGCUCUGGCUCGUGCCCAGAUCCGACAAUCCAUUCAACAAGACCGCCCAAGAACUCAUCUCGGAUACCGUUCCUCGAAACUUCGUCUCGCCUGAAAAGACGAACCACUUUAUUCCACAUGUGACGCUCACGUCAGAGAUUGAUCCCGAGAAGGUACUGGCUGGAAAGUCGCCGCAGGAAUGGUUGGACAGUCUCUCCAUGCCAGAAGAGUUCAAAUGUGGCUUGGAGGUCAAUGAGGUUCUACUCCAGCUGGACACCGUGGAAGCCGAAGAACCAUUUUUCCGGAAAAUGAACAUUGCCCUCAAGCAAAACGACAACUUGAGCAAGCUUGCGGCCCUAUGCAGACAGAAAGCUGUACUUCUGGAUGCUGAUGAUGCGAAAGCCCAGACGUGGGUCAAGAGCGACUAUCGCCCUCAUCUCAGCUUGUUCUACGGCGACGUGCCAACGAGAGAGGUCCAGAGCAAAGUUCCACUGGUUGAGAUGAAGAUCGGUUUUGCAUUUGGAGAUCUCUUUGCUUGUUGUGGUGGAGCUCUGUGCUUGGGUGGCGAAAUGGUUUUGGUGGAUACGACCAAGGCGAUCAAUGAAUGGGAGAUCAUUGCCAGACGAGAGACCCCAUGGGCAACGUGGAGGGCGACAAGGAAUCUGCUCUAA